AAAAGAAAAAGGUUUCCACACGAUUCGAGCGCGCAACCCACCUCUCUCGAACUUCUCUUCCGCUCACCAUCUCUCUCUCGCACGCCGGUCACGGCGUAGCUCAACGCGGCCGAAAUCCCUAACCCACCGAUUCUCCCUCUUUCUCCACCGAUAUUUCUCUCUUCUCUUAUCAACCACCAACUUUCCAUUUAUCGGAGUUCGUUCGACGCAUUUGACACCGUCAGCCUCGAGGUCGGAUCUGUCUCUCUCUUCUAGUUCGCUUUCCUCAUACAUCGUGCCAUUCAACAUCAUCCAACUUCGAUUUCACGAUUUCACUGUCCCCUACUGCCGCCUUCGCUAAGUCUAGAAGUUUUGGUUGAAUGGAAGAAUCAGAAAAACGAAGGGAGAGGCUGAGAGCAAUGCGAAUGGAAGCUGCUCAGGCUGAUGUAGCUAAUUAUGUCGAAACUUCUCUGCCUAAUCAUCUGUCUAAUCCAUUGGUUGAAUCAUCAGCUACCAUGGUAGGGCAAUUAGCACCAUGUACGGCCCCAAGAUUUGACUAUUACACAAAUCCUAUGGCUGCAUUUUCUACUAGUAAGAAGAAAGGGAAGAUUGAGAAUCAACCUGUGUCUGAUAAUUUUGUUCCUUACCACCACAACACUUCUUCAACAACUUAUUUUCCACCAACUUUUCCAGGUGAUAGUGAAGCUGGUGGCCAUGGUAGACCAGGAAUGCCUAGACCUUAUGCUGUGAAUCAAGGAGAUCUACAUAUGUGGCGUGGACCGAGAGGACCAUUUGUCAACCAGUUCCCUACCCAGCCACCGAGGGAGAUGAACUCCCCCAGCCAUGUAUCUGGACCAAGAGGCAACCCUUACACUAAUCCUACUCAAAACAGGGCUAAUUACCGUAGUUCAAGCCCUAACCCUGGGUUCCGAGGCAGUUUUAGUCCAGGUAGAGGCAGCUAUGGACAUCAUGGCAAUAUGACUCCUAGUCCAAGAUUUGGCUAUGGACGAGCUACUGGUUCUCAUGGUCGUCAUUCUUCAUCAGACAAAUCUGGACCAGAACAAUUUUACAACAUCUCCAUGCUUGAAGAUCCCUGGAAGGUUCUGCAACCUUGUAUUUGGACGACAAUUGCUCCAUUGAGUAACUCUGCAAAACCUUCGGAAUAUUGGAUUUCCAAGUUUGGUACAAAGAAAGCAAGAGUUUCAGAUUCCUCUUCUAGCAGGUCAAGCUCUCAACAACCUAGCCUCGCCGAGUACCUGGCUGCCUCCUUCAAGGAAGCAAUCGAGGAAGCACCAAAUGCGUGAAACAUUUUAUUCAGGCAUUUCAUGCUUACUGUAGUACUCAAGUUCAGCUUUGUCGAAAGCCCAGCCUAAUUUUUCUCUAUAGACUGGUUUGAUGUUGUAAAUCUAUAGUGAUUAUUAUGACAGUUCUGUCUCUAUGUUAUGUUUAGUUAGUGAUGUUUUUUUAUGAAUCUUGUUUAGAUUAUGUACAUGAUUCAGCCUCUAUUAGAAUCCUUGUUGUCAAAUGCUCUUCUUUGUUAAGAAUUUAAUAGGAUUGAGUUCUCAAUUCUCGUAGUUGAUCCACUAUAUAAUACUUAAAUUUAAUAGGAUUGAGUUCUCAAUUCUCUUAUUUGAAUAGAUUGAUUUCUUUUUGCCUA